AUUUUCUCCUUUUAAUGCUUCCAAUUCUUCUGGGCUGUGUGAACUGCACGCAUUUUUAAAAAUCAUCUUAUUAGAACCGUUUAUUUUAUCUCAUAGUUAAUCCCUUAAAGUUGAUCUUGCAGGCUCUAGAAUAUCUUAAAGUUAUUUAGUUCAAUUGUAUGAAUGACAUUUUUUUAUUUUUAUUUUUAUUUUUUUAAACCGUCCAACCCAAACUAAGAUGGGUAGGUUUCGUGCAGGAGAGGAGGAAAACUAAGGGGGCUUAUUCCCAAUAGAAUCAUUUCAAAUACAGUGAAGUAAUGAAAUCAACAAUUCAGAAGCGUGACAGUACAUUCUGCCUCCAUGAAGAAUGAUGCUUUUACAGGAUGCAGGAUGAUCAUAAGUUAGUAAUAUCUUCCUGUGAACAUGCAGGGGCUGUACUCUGUCCAAAGGCAGCUGUUUGAUGGGUAUCGGGAUGUCAACAACAACCGGAUUAGUGCUGCUGCAGCAGUCCUCGUAGGCAGUUGGCAGAGUGAACCAGUGAAUGCAUAUUAUCCAUCCGCUGCAUUGAAAUCGGUCUGCCCCGCGCAAGAAAAGCCGUUCAGUAGGUGUGAAUCGCUGGCUGGAAUCAUGGGGAACCAGCUGACCGAUAUCGCUCCUAACACGCCGUUCCUGCCAAACUUCCAGUCGCUGCACGUGGUGGUUAUCGGCCUGGACUCAGCCGGCAAAACCUCUCUGCUGUACAGGCUCAAACUGAAGGAGUUUGUGAAGACGAUCCCCACCAAGGGCUUCAACACGGAGAAGAUCAAGGUGGCAGUGGGGGCGUCUCGGGCCAUAAACUUCCAGGUGUGGGAUGUGGGCGGGCAGGAGAAGCUGCGCCCGCUUUGGAAGUCUUACACCCGGCGGACGGACGGGAUGGUGUUUGUGGUGGACUCCACUGAGCUGGAGCGGAUGGAGGAGGCCAAAGUGGAGCUCCAUAAGAUCACCCGCACCUCAGAGAACCAAGGGGUCCCUGUGCUGAUCCUGGCCAACAAACAGGACCUGGACUCAGCCUUGUCUGUCAGUGAGGUGGAGAAGCUGCUUUCUGUCCAUGAACUGAGCAUGUACACGCUGCAUCACGUGCAGAGCUGCAGUGCCGUGAACGGUCAGGGACUCCAGCCGGGCCUGGAGAAACUGUACGAGAUGAUCCUGAAGAGGAAGAAGAUGGUGAAGCACAACAGGAACAGAAAGAGAUGAACUCUCGGUUCACACUGUGGACAUUACCCCAAGAGAUUUAUCCCCUAUUGAGACACUUCCAAGCUUAAUGGUCCCAUUUAAUGGGAGAGCGAUUGGUGCCAACAAAACAACAAUUACACUCGGCCUUAGGGGUCAGGAGAAAUGGAUUUGCUCAUAAUAACUGAAGCAGUAUUGACAUGUUCUUUGUUCUGCAGUCGUGCAGCUCCCCUUUGAAUACUUAGGAUAACGAUUUAAAGGAAACCUUGGUAGCAGUUAGUCUUCUCUAAGUGCUUUUCUACACUUGUUUCAAAGAAGAUUUCUAGUAAGACAUUUGCCUGUUAAGUGUAGGACUAAUAUACGAACACAUUAACAUACAUGUGGCAGGUACUUGGUGAAGAAAAAUCUAAAACAAAAUUUAAAAUGUCUUUAUAUUCUUUCACAAGCUUGCACAGAUUAUACUCCACUAAACAGCUGUUUUUGUUCCACGAUGUAUGGAUGCUUCCCAGAAUAUUUAUUCCACAUUUUUGUGUUUGUGCUAUACUGACAGACGUCUUUUGCAAAUGAUGUGAAAUGAAACAGAGUUCGUUGGUGAUGGAGGACCAAAUGAUAUUAAAUUUCUUUGCCAUGGAACGGACAUCCUAAGCGCAUUCCCUCCGUGGCCACAGAGGUUAAGUUUCAUUUACUAUAACAAUAGUGUUCAUACAAAUUGUACAUUUUUGUAACACUGAAGACUUAAUAAAUCGAACCACU